AUGUCUAUUCUGGGUUAUAUCGUGAAGCCUCUGGCAUACUUUGGCCUGCCAGCCUUUGCUCUACACAAACUGUCUCAGUCGAACCCUGUGGCGAAAUACUAUGUUCGGCUCACGCUCUACGUCUCCACUAUGGGCCUGUGCUCGGUCUGGGGCGUCAUAGUCUCCGUAGCUCUAUCGCUGGUGGGGCAGAAAUACAAUGUCAACUGGGUCAUUGCUCGCAGCUUCUACAAUCUUGCCGGACACAUCCUGAACGUGAAAUUCGUGGUGGAGGGAGAAGAGCACCUCGAGACUCGACCGUCGGUGCUCGUGGGCAAUCACCAGAGCAUGUUUGAUAUAUUAUAUCUUGGGCGCAUCUUCCCGCUCAGAGCCUCGAUCAUGGCCAAGAAGGAGCUACAGUGGAUGCCGCUGCUCGGCCAGUUUCUCACCGCAUCCGGCGCCGUGUUCGUCGAUCGCGGCAACAACGCGAAAGCAGUUCGCUCUCUCGCCGCUGCUGGCGAAGCUAUGCGCGAACGCGGCACCUCCUUGUGGCUAUUCCCAGAGGGCACACGCUCAAUGCGCCAGUAUCACGAUAUGCUCCCCUUCAAAAAGGGCGCCUUCCACCUUGCCGUACAGGCAGGCGUGCCUAUCGUACCCGUCGUUUGCGAGAACUACUGGAGGAUCUAUCGUCAAGGCGUUUUUGACGAGGGAGUGCUCAAGAUCAAAGUGCUACCGCCCAUACCGACGACUGGCUUGACAACUGCGGAUGUCGGUGAUCUAGCGGAGAGGGUGCGCGAGCAGAUGGUCGCCGCUCUCCGCGAGAUUUCCGACCCAAAUGCACCGCCUGCGCCCGAUUCGAAACCGGCGCCUCCUGCUGGGGACGCGAAGAAGCCUGUCGUGGCAACUGCACCAGAGCCUACGCCUGUAACUCCACCCCAGGUCGAUCGAGAUCUUCCAACACCGGCUACACCUGCGCUCAGCGAAGCCUACUCAUUAUCGGAGGAGAGCGUACGACGUGGGAGCGAAAAUGGCGCUGAAACCGAGGAGGACGAAGGCAUGGUACUAGUCGGACGACCGGAGCGGUAG